AUGGCGGAGGCUGAAAUUAGCCCCCUCGCGGAGCUACUUGGGCAUGCUUUCUAUCAUUUCGAUCGCAUGAGACCCCUCCUUCCCACAUACGGACACCUAUUAGUAUCUGCUCUAUUUCCAAUUUGGAUUGGUGCACAUGCAUCUCUAUCAAGGCCCUCUUCGGCUGCCAAGCCUCCCAAAAAGUUAGAUGAGGACCAGGAUGACGACGAGGACGAUGAGGAUAAUGAGGACGACCAAGGGCCAGUUCAAAGAAUGGAGGGAUUAGAGCCAUCAGAUGCGUUAAUGUUUCCUUUGACCGCAGGUCUGACACUUGGAGGUCUGUACCUGGUCAUCAAAUGGCUUGAGGACCCCGCUAUCCUCAACAAAAUCCUGGGCUUCUAUUUUUCGCAAAUGGGUCUGUUUUUUGCCGUUGCUUUUCUCAAGGAUACCCUGUUGAUUGUGCGGUCAAUUUUCUUCCCACGACACUAUCGCUAUGGAGAGAAACUGUACCAUGCAAAGCAGUCUGAGCGUGUGUUUAAAGCCGAAUUGACGAAUGAAUUGAGACACUCUCCUUUGCCUGGAAUCUUUAGCGCAAUCCCAUUACCAAGAUUCGUUCGGAAUUUCCUUUGGACCUGCCGCGGUAUUUCCUAUCGGCGCUUGAGAUUGCGUGCACAUAUCCGUGGCCUGUUCGAGAUCAAACCACUUGUAGGCCUUCUUGACCUGCUGAGUGGAAUGGCCGCUCUGAUCGCCGUGGGGUACUUUACAUUCGUGGUAAAGCCAUGGUGGUUGACCAAUUUCCUUGGAUUCAGCUUCUCCUACGGUACCUUACAGUUCAUGUCUCCAUCGACCUUCUGGACUGGAUCUUUGAUUCUAGGCUCCCUGUUCUUCUAUGAUAUCUACUUCGUCUUUUUCACACCCUUGAUGGUUACUGUUGCGACAAAAUUGGAUGUCCCCAUCAAGCUCUUGUUUCCUCGACCCCCGAGCCCUGGUGAUAAACCUGGUAUCGAAGCCCUCGCCAUGCUAGGUCUCGGAGAUAUCGUUAUUCCUGGAAUGAUGGUCGGCCUUGCAUUGCGUUAUGAUCUUUUCCUCUACUACCGAAACAAGGGAAUCAAGAAGGCUCAAGCCGAAGGUCUGAAAGAAGGUGCUAGCAAACCAUUGUACCAGCGAGCAACUGGUUCCUGGGGAGAACGAUUCUGGGCACCUGCCACGAUUCCAGAAGAGACAGAGAUUCAGCCUCCCUACCACGAUGCGAGAUCUUUCCCGAAGGUAUACUUCAAGGCCAGCAUUUUUGGAUACGUCGUCGGAAUGAUCACCACUCUUCUGGCUAUGCAGUACACAAACCAUGCCCAACCCGCUCUGUUAUACCUGGUCCCAGGUGUCUUGACCUCUCUAUGGGGUACGGCAUUCGUCCGCGGUGAAAUCAAGUCUAUGUGGGGAUUUUCUGAUGCCGAUGAGGACGACGAGGAGGAUGACCAGGAUACUAUCGAACCCAAGGACACUGAUGACAAGAAAGAAGCUGCUGGUACCGAGACAAAGAGUCUCUUUAUGCGGAUUUUUUCUGGUGAGGCCAGCCUCUUCGGCUCAAGUGCUGAUGAUAAACAGAAGGCACAGAAGGUGGUUCAAGUCAAGUCGAAGGAAACUAAGAAGGUUAGCAAAACCGAAGACAAGAAGUCCGAAGACUUGGAUCUUGUUUCGUUCUCCAUCUCCUUGCGCCGAAAGAACCAGAUCACACCAAAAUCCACCGACGAUGACAAGCCGGUUAUGAUUCCUGGGCCUGUGGAUGAAGAUGAUGAGCGCCCAUUGAAAAAGCGACGUGGAACCCCCAGAAAGCCAACCGUGACAUUGUGA